UCGCCCUCCCCCUCUUCGUCUUCGUCUCCUCCCUUUUUUUUUUUUGCCCACUCGAAGAGGCGAAGAGCGCGGCGGCGGCGUGGGAGGGGGAGGAAAGGCGAUCUCCAGGAGCCAUGGUGCACGUUAGCUUCUACCGCAACUAUGGGAAGACGUUCAAGAAGCCGCGGCGCCCCUACGAGAAGGAGCGGCUGGACGCGGAGCUGAAGCUGGUGGGGGAGUACGGGCUCCGGUGCAAGCGGGAGCUGUGGCGGGUGCAGUACGCGCUGAGCCGGAUCCGGAACGCGGCGAGGGACCUGCUCACGCUGGACGAGAAGAACCCGCGCCGGAUCUUCGAGGGCGAGGCGCUGCUCCGCCGCAUGAACCGCUACGGCCUCCUCGGCGAGGACCAGAACAAGCUCGACUACGUCCUCGCCCUCACCGUCGAGAACUUCCUCGAGCGCCGCCUCCAGACCAUCGUCUUCAAGUCCGGCAUGGCCAAGUCCAUCCACCACGCCAGGGUCCUCAUCAGGCAACGCCACAUCAGAGUCGGAAGGCAACUGGUUAACAUCCCAUCAUUCAUGGUGAGGGUGGAUUCGGAAAAACACAUCGACUUCUCCCUCACAAGCCCGUUCGGUGGAGGUCGACCUGGAAGAGUGAAGCGAAAGAACCAGAAGGCCGCAGCUAAGAAGGCGGCUGGAGGUGAUGGCGAUGAGGAGGAUGAAGAAUGAGCGUGAAAGAGAGAGCUCUGUUGAUUUCAGAGUUCUAGUAAUUUCUUUGUUUCGUUAUAUUUUUCAGUUUUUCCUAUGUUUGAACUAUGUUUCCUAGGUGCAUCUUUUUUGAGCGGUUUGUCUUAAUUGAGCAUCAAAAGACGAAUUUAAUGCUUCUGGAUUUUUGAAUAUUGGUUUCAGAAAACUGUGUCCUAUUUAUUGAACUAAAGUCAUCUGGCUGUUAGAUUUAGCUUCUUGCUAUCAGAGGUGGUCUUGAUGCUAGUUUAAGAACAUACUAUUUUGGUGGUAAUUUUGAUUUCUUUUUGAUUUA